GCCGCCGUCAUGGCCGCCGAGGAAAAGGAUCCCCUGAGCUAUUUCGCAGCGUACGGAAGCAGUAGCUCAGGCUCCUCGGGAGAGGAGGACAACAGUGAGCCAGAGGAGACGAGUUGCGGGGCCCCGAAUCCGGCGAAGUCGGCGGGCGGCUGUGGGAACAAGACGGAAAAACGGCUGCCGGGACCCGACGAGCUGUUCCGGAGCGUGACUCGCCCUGCCUUUCUCUAUAAUCCGCUCAACAAACAGAUCGACUGGGAGCGACACGUCGUCAAGGCCCCGGAGGAGCCGCCCAAGGAAUUCAAAAUAUGGAAAUCAAACUAUGUACCACCACCGGAGACCUACAUCACUGAGAAGAAACCUCCACCUCCCGAGCUGGACAUGGCAAUAAAAUGGUCUAACAUAUAUGAGGACAAUGGUGAUGAUGCCCCACAAAAUGCUAAGAAAGCUAGGCUUCUGCCGGAAGGGGAGGAGACAGUGGAAUCAGAUGAUGAAAAAGAUGAGCAUACUUCUAAAAAACGCAAGGUAGAGCCAGGAGAACCAGCAAAGAAGAAAAAGUAGAAAACAAAUAACAAGGAUUUCUGGACUGCAAACUUCCUGAAAUGGUUUUGGGGGCAGAUUCAAUUGAUAAUUGUAAAUUAUUGUGAUACAACAUCUCCAUGAAAGUACAUGUUAACUAACUCAUAUGUAUUACUAUAAGAAUUGUCUACUGUAGAGUUCACUUUUUUAUUUAAAACUUAUGUAUUUAAAACUCAAAUGGUGAUUUGUGAUUGUGAAAUUGACAACACUUGGAAGCAUUCUUGCUAUCACAGAUUGGUGACAUACAUGCCUUGAGAGUUUUGUCACGUGUUGACAUGCCAUUGUUCUAUGAACCUUUUAUAAAGGAAUAUAUUUUUAAAGUAAAUAUACUAUAAUGUACUGUGAACUUGUAGGGUGCUUUUCAACAGUGUUUUGUACAGUGUAAAUAGAUCAUGGAAAUAAAAUUACUUAUUCAAUAUUACUAUUACUGCAUAACAUCAACAUUGGAGUAUUUGUCUGUGACAAGUACAGUUUUGACGUGAUGUUUUAAAUUAUAUCGGUGGGUAUUAUAUUUAAGGAGUGCUUCCGUGUUCCAGGUGCUUGUGUGUGCAUCUUUCAGAUCCUCAAAUACUGGUAAUACUAGUAAAGCAGUAGAAGUAACUUAAUUGUAUAACAGAGAUUAACUUGUCCAAGGUUUUGCAGUUAGUGAAUGAUGAAUUUGGAAUUUAAUUCAGGAAACUUAAAUUCUAAAAUCAUCAUCUUAAUCACCAUUCCACCAAUCAAAAUAUAAUCAUCUUUUAAAAUUCAGUUGUCAUCACUUCAGGUAUUCUUCUGUGUUAGCUAGUUGAGAUCUCCCUAAUGGUUAUUAAUUCCCCUGUUGAGUAAAGAUCUUUUACAAGGAACUGUGAAGUAUAGCAAAUAAAAAUACAGGGCACCCAGUUAAAACAGAAAUUUACAUGAGUAACUGUCUUUGUAUAUGCAGUAUUUGGAACAUACUUAAACCAAAAAUUCGUUUAUCUGAAAUUCAUAUUUACUGGAAAUCACUUACCUGCUUGUUUUCUCUACCCAACACCUUUUUAAUGCCUUUUAUACAGUAAUACUCAAGAAAAUAAGCAGGUGGUAAUCAGAGAAAUAGUAAUGUUUGAUGUGAGUUCAACAGUUCAAAAUGCACCUGUGCAGUUAAUUGUAGUCUUAGGGAUAAAAAGUGGAAGCCCUCACACUGCAUCAGUCUUUCCCUGAUUCUGAGGCCUUUAAGAGUGAUGAGUUAAUUACAGGCACUGCAGAUAUGGCGCUUAAGAGUAAUUUAAGACAUCAGUCUAUGAAAAAUGAUGGUUCCCAAAUAAAUUUCUGGAGAAAUCUAUAUUCUGGAUUCAUGUGUUGGAGAUACUGCAAAAGUUACUGAAUUGACAUGAUUUUAAAAUCAGUGUAAUAACAAAUCUCAUACCAAAAAAGCCCCACAAACCACUGUCUGUAAAUCUUUUAGUCUUUUUUGAGGAUCAAUGUUCAAGCCCCAACUAUGAUCAGUUAAUUUAUAGCCGAGAGUAAAAAUUCACUGGGUAGGUCAGCCCUUUCUGGUACUUUGAGCCUUCAUUCCAAAGGUAAUGGAAGAGGGGGAGGGAAAUAAUGCUUUUUUUUUUUUGGAAAGUGGUGUAUGCUUCAGUCUUUUAAACAAGUAAUAGCUACACUAGUAAGCAUUUGCUGAGAAAUAUGCCCCUGUGUUAGGUUAGGUUGAAUUUCACUUGUGAGAGGAAGGAAGACUUAGGAUGAAGGGGGCUAAAUUAUAGUUCUGACUCACCAUUUAUAUCUCAUUGGGUUUCUUAUCAAAAUAAAGCCGAUAAUGGGAAGGGAGAUGAAUUUACUUAGAGAUUAAUCUUCUGCAGAAAUAUCUCUGUUUGGAAAUGAACUUUCACUUCAUUCUACAUCCAUCAUCACAUUAGAAAUAAAUUCUUGCUGUCUUAAGAGGUGUCCAGAGAGCUUUUUUGUAAAGCGUCCAUGUGGGUACUUAGGAAGGGAGCUGUUUGCUCCAGCUAGUGAAAACCCAGUGGAGAAGUCCUUAUAAAAAUCUGGAUAGAUGGGAAAAAGCUAUCCCAGUUACUUCUUUUUUUUAGUGAGUCCAGUCACUUGAUGUUUCUGAUUGUUUCCUUUAAGUUAAGAAGUUCUGCCACAGCAUCUAUGAAGUACUUCCUUUUAGUACAAAGAUAAAAUUUGAGAAAAUACCUAAGCAUUUAUAGGCAAUAUUUGUAAGUGUUAAGUAUAAGUAGCAUCGAGUUUUAUGAGAAAUGUUUUAACUAAAAUAACAUUACUGAGAAAAUUGACACCUUUUUAGCCAUUAAGAUAUUCAUAUCUGGGCUUAACUUACAAACUUAAACUUUCUCAACUUACCUCUUUGUGCUGUGCUUUUGAGUUCAUAAAAUUUCUGUCACCCAAAGACAAAAGUUUUAGAAAAUAUCUAGUGAGGUAGAUUUUGUCAUUUCCAAAUUAGGGGACGGAAGAUAGACACUGAGUUGAAGCAUUGCGCUGAGCUUGAGAGCCCAGACUAGAAGCUGUAUCUCACUCCAUGCUAAAUUUACAGAGUACCUACUGGGUGCAGUGCAUUGUGAUAAGAACAAAGGAGCCAGCUUCAUUUUGGCAAAAUCAUUAAUAGCCAUAGAAAAAGAUGUAGCGUACAAGGCGAGUCUGAGAUUGGAUGCAGUAGUGCAGUGGGGUGAUGAGUCUGAAUGAACUGAUAGUGUCUAGUUGACUGUAAUAGCUGAGAGUGAGAUUUUUCUUUUACUGCAAACUAUGUUUUCAUUAAAAUAUGAAUAGAAUAAUGCAAGUUUAGACAUGACCUACCUAUAAAACACGUUGCCACACAAGUUAAAUACAAAGCUCUACCAGAGCUAUUUGGAAAAUGUAAUUAUUUUUACAAGUAUCUGAAUGAACUCAGCAAUUUUUCUAAGUCAAAAACUUUGGCACCUUUAAACCUACAACCAGACUUUAAAAUUUAUCAUUGGUGGUAUUUUGGGUUUUGGAGAUUUGUAUCUAUACUGAGCUGCUUUCAUCCUCCUAUUAUCAUUUAGUACAGAACUCCCAGUUAUUACUACAAAAAAGGUUAAAUUUCCACUAAAUGUUUCAGACUUUGCAUUCAAUUCUGAAAUUUUCUUCCUCUCCAGCCAUAUUGUUUUCCCAAUUUGAAGCAUUGUAUUUGCAUUUUAAUGCAAACAGAUACUAAUAAGUAUGUGUAUGAAUGGUCCUCAGAGUAGGGACUUUUUGCCUAAUGUGCUCACAGUCUACAAUACCUAGUACACAGUAGGUGCUCAAAAUAAUUGCUGAAUGUUGAUGAUAAGCAGAAUGCCUCACCUCUGGCUUAGGGGUGAUCCUUCAGAGGGUUGUGUUUUCAGUUAUAUGGGCCAAUAAAUCUUCAUG